CGUAUGUUCAGAAAUAAGGAAUCCCAAUCUUUGUUAAUUUUAUCAUCCUCUAAUUGUUUUAGAAUCGGUCCAUUUAAUCAUGUAAAAUAUCACAAUGUUAUAAACCAAUCAAUAAAAAAAAAACCUCUAAUUACAAUUCAAAAUUCGUCGGGCCCCUUAGGAACAGCCAUUCAAAUUUCGAAUUUUUAUUCAUUUUUGCCUUUACUAACUUAUAAUCAGAUCUCUGUAAUUAAAUAUUUGCAACUUGAUAACUUCAAAUAUAUUUUUCAAAUAAUUCACUCUUAUUUAAUAGAUGAAAACGGAAGAAUUUUUAAUCUAGAUCCAUACAGUAACCUUGUUUUGAAUCCAUUCAAAUUGAAUUGGUAUUUUCUUCAUCAAAAUUAUAAUAAUUAUUAUUGUGAGGAAACGUCCACAAUAAUAAGUCUUGGACAAUUUUUUUGUGAAAAUCUAUGUAUAGCCAAAAAAGAACCAUACCUAAAAUCGGGUCAAGUUUUAAUUGUUCAAAGGGAUUCUGUAGUAAUAAGAUCCGCUAAGCCCUAUUUGGCUACUCCGGGAGCAAAAGUUCACGGGCAUUAUAGAGAAAUUCUUUACGAAGGGGAUACAUUAGUUACAUUUAUAUAUGAAAAAUCGAGAUCCGGUGAUAUAACCCAAGGUCUUCCAAAAGUAGAACAGGUGUUAGAAGUCCGCUCGAUUGAUUCAAUAUCACUGAACUUAGAAAAGCGGAUUAAGGGUUGGAACAGGUGUAUAACAAGAAUUCUUGGAAUUCCUUGGGGAUUCUUGAUUGGUGCUGAGCUAACUAUAGUGCAAAGUCGUAUUUCUUUGGUUAAUAAGAUUCAAAAGGUUUAUCGAUCCCAGGGGGUGCAGAUUCAUAAUAGGCAUAUCGAAAUUAUUGUACGUCAAAUAACAUCAAAAGUUUUGGUUUCAGAAGAGGGAAUGUCUAAUGUUUUUUUACCUGGAGAAUUGAUUGGAUUGUUACGAGCAGAACGCACGGGGCGUGCUUUAGAAGAAGCAAUCUGUUAUCGAGCCGUUUUAUUAGGAAUAACUCGAGCAUCUUUGAAUACUCAAAGUUUUAUAUCCGAAGCAAGUUUUCAAGAAACUGCUAGAGUUUUAGCAAAAGCUGCUCUUCGGGGUCGUAUCGAUUGGUUGAAAGGCCUGAAAGAAAAUGUUGUUCUAGGGGGUGUGAUCCCCGCCGGGACCGGGUUCAACAAAGGAUUGGUGCAUUGUUCACGGCAACAUACCAAUAUUCUUUUUGAAAAAAAAACAAAGAAUUUAUCUUUAUUAGAGGGAGAUAUGAGAGAUAUUUUAUUUUAUCACAGGGAAUUUUGUGACUCUUCUAUUUACAAAUCUGCCUUUUCUAGAAUUGAAUAAUUCCUAAUAGCAGAUUCCUGUUUGAAUUUCAUGUUUUAUUGUUUGCUGUAGUCAUUUGCUUUAAUAAUUUGUUAACACUAAUAAAGAUAAUAAUGAAUACAAAAUAAUGGCUCGGCUCGUGCAUAAACGGACAAGAGAAGGUUCCAUUGGAACAAAUUUUUAUUUUAGUUUUGGGUACCCCCCUUUUAAGUGUGAAAAGAAAUGACAAAAAGAUAUUGGAACAUCGAUUUGGAAGAGAUGAUGAGAGCAGGAGUUCAUUUUGGGCAUGGUACUAGGAAAUGGAAUCCUAGAAUGGCACCUUAUAUUUCUGCAAAGCGUAAAGGUAUUCAUAUUAUAAAUCUGACUAGAACUGCUCGUUUUUUAUCAGAAGCUUGUGAUUUAGUUUUUGAUGCAGCAAGUAGGGGAAAACAAUUCUUAAUUGUUGGGACAAAAAAUAAAGCAGCUGAUUUAGUGUCGCGGGCUGCAAUAAGGGCUCGGUGUCAUUAUGUUAAUAAAAAGUGGCUCGGCGGCAUGUUAACAAAUUGGUCUACUACAGAAAAAAGACUUCAUAAGUUUAGGGACUUGAGAACUGAACAAAAGACAGAGGGAUUCAACCGUCUUCCGAAAAGGGAUGCAGCUGUGUUGAAGAGACAAUUAUCUCGCUUGGAAACAUAUCUAGGCGGGAUUAAAUAUAUGACGGGAUUGCCUGAUAUUGUAAUCAUCAUCGAUCAGCAAGAAGAAUAUACGGCUCUUCGAGAAUGUAUAACUUUGGGAAUUCCAACCAUUUCUUUAAUCGAUACAAAUUGUAAUCCCGAUCUCGCGGAUAUUUCUAUUCCAGCAAAUGAUGACGCUAUAGCUUCAAUUCGAUUCAUUCUUAACAAAUUAGUAUUCGCAAUUUGUGAGGGUCGUUCUAGCUAUAUACAAAAUUCUUGAUUAAUAAUAAGAUAAAUAAAUCAAUUUUUUUUGAGGGAGGGGCUCCCUGUAUUUCGAUUUAUAAAAUCGGUUACUAUUCCUGAAUCAUACAAAAGAAAAAGAGAUAAAAAACUGGGUAUAUUGUGUGAUUCGUUUAGUUGGUAUCCAAAACUAAAAUAAAAAUUCAAGUAAAUAAGUAAAAAAAAAGGGGGGGUCUUGAAUCAAAAUAAUUUAAAGUUCUUAUUUCUGUCAGAGGGCAAUAUGAAUGUUUUAUCAUGUUCCAUCAAUACACUAAUAAAAGAAGGGUUAUAUGAGAUAUCUGGUGUAGAAGUAGGCCAACAUUUCUAUUGGCAAAUAGGGGGGUUCCAAGUCCAUGCGCAAGUCCUUAUUACUUCUUGGGUUGUAAUUGCUAUCUUAUUAGGUUCCGCAGCUCUAGCGGUUCGCAAUCCACAAACCAUUCCAACUGGCGGCCAAAACUUCUUUGAAUUUGUCCUUGAAUUCAUUCGAGAUGUGAGUCAAACCCAGAUUGGAGAAGAAUACGGUCCAUGGGUUCCCUUUAUUGGAACCCUGUUUUUAUUUAUUUUUGUUUCUAACUGGUCAGGAGCCCUUUUACCGUGGAAAAUUAUCCAGUUACCUCAAGGGGAGUUAGCAGCACCAACGAAUGAUAUAAAUACGACGGUUGCUUUAGCUUUACUCACAUCAGUAGCAUAUUUUUAUGCGGGUCUUAGCAAAAAAGGAUUAGGGUAUUUCAGUAAAUACAUUCAACCAACUCCAAUUCUUUUACCCAUUAACAUCUUAGAAGAUUUUACAAAACCCCUAUCACUGAGUUUUCGACUUUUCGGAAAUAUAUUAGCCGAUGAAUUAGUAGUUGUUGUUCUUGUUUCUUUAGUACCUUUAGUGGUUCCUAUACCUGUCAUGUUCCUUGGAUUAUUUACAAGCGGGAUUCAAGCUCUCAUUUUUGCCACUUUAGCUGCGGCUUAUAUAGGUGAAUCCAUGGAGGGUCAUCAUUAACUAUUUUUUUUUUCAAAUUUAGGUUAGCCCAAUUAUCGAAUAGUUGGUUUACGUUAUGUAAGAAACACUUGUAUAUGUCAUAUUUGAUAUUGACUAGGUAUAUAUAAGUUAAAGAUCUAUAUAAUCUGCCCCACUAUUUUUGUGAAUUUCUAUUUAGAUAACGAUUCGAUUAUAAGUUCUUACUUUUUAUCUGUGAAUUGGCUGAAAAAACGAUCAAAAAAAGAACGAAGAAUUAAAAGAAAAGAAUGGUUCACAAAAAAGAAACGGCAUAAAAAAGUCGUAUAUAUAUAUAUUAUGCAUUUUUCAAAAUCCCGUGGAUAGGAACUAAUAUCAAAGUAAUUCUUAUCAAGUUUUUGGUUAUUUUGGCUGGAUGAAUCUUAGCGAUGACUUAAUUAUAAUUAAGUCCUAAGUCGUUGGAUGAUUGUAUCAUUAACUAUUUCUUUAUUUUGGUGUGAGGAACUUAUCAUGAAUCCACUGGUUUCUGCUGCUUCGGUUAUUGCUGCUGGGUUGGCUGUUGGGCUUGCUUCUAUUGGACCUGGGGUUGGUCAAGGUACAGCUGCGGGUCAAGCUGUCGAAGGUAUCGCGAGACAACCUGAGGCAGAAGGAAAAAUACGAGGUACUUUAUUGCUUAGUUUGGCUUUUAUGGAAGCUUUAACAAUUUAUGGCCUAGUUGUAGCAUUAGCGCUUUUAUUUGCGAAUCCUUUUGUUUAAUCCUAGAAAUAAUAAAAUUAGGAAUUUUUUUUUCGUAGUUUUUUUUAUUCUAUCAAGAUUUCACUCCUACAAUUAUUCAUUGAGACAACAACCCUUGGGAAGGACUAAUUUGAGGAUGGGGAAUUAACACAUCGAUUCGCUUUCUUCCUUCCCCUUAUUCUUUUAGUUUAAUGGAAAUUUUUUUUUAAGGAGUGUUGCGCAAAAAGGAGGUUUAGGUUUUUUAAAAUUGAUAUAAAACUUGGUCUCAAAUUCUAGCUUAAUUUUAAUUAAGUCUCAUUAUUAUUAUUGAAAAUUAAAAAUUUUUGGAAAAUAAAUUUGUAAAUAGAAUAGGUUUUUGAUUCUGUUUAUAAAUAUCCAAAUAGGUAAAUUAAAUUAUAAAUUAUUAAACGAAAUUUUCUUUUUAUUCAAAAAAACAAAGAAUAAAAAAAAAAAAGGACAGAGUUCUUUUUUUUAUAGUUUAGCUAGAAGAGGAGAUUAUAUGAAAAAUUUAACCGAUUCUUUCGUUUACUUGGGUCACUGGCCAUCCGCCGGGAGUUUCGGGUUUAAUACCGAUAUUUUAGCAACAAAUCCAAUAAAUCUAAGUGUAGUCUCGGUGUAUUGAUCUUUUUUGGAAAGGGAGUGUUAAAUGAUUUAUUAGAUAACCGAAAGCAGAGGAUAUUAAAUACUAUUCGAAAUUCAGAAGAACUACGUGAAGGAGCUAUUCAACAAUUAGAAAACGCCCGAGCUCGCCUGCGUAAAGUAGAAAUGGAGGCGGAUCAGUUUCGCGUAAAUGGAUACUCUGAAAUCGAACGAGAAAAAGUAAAUUUGAUUAAUUCAACUUCUAGGACUUUGAAACAAUUAGAAAAUUACAAAAACGAAACCAUUCUUUUUGAGCAACAAAGAACAAUUAAUCAAGUCCGUGAACGGGUUUUCCAACAAGCUUUACAGGGAGCUAUAGGAACCCUAAAUAGUUGUUUGAGUAAUGAGUUACAUUUACGUACUAUUAAUGCAAAUAUUGGUAUGUUUGGUACGAUGAAAGAAAUUACUGAUUAGCUCUUUCCUUACGAUUAUGAUAGGCAUUAUUUUUUUUUUUUUCUUCCAAAAAAGAAUUAGGACAAUACUCAUGGUAACCAUUAAAGCCGAUGAAAUUAGUAAUAUUAUCCGUGAACGUAUUGAGCAAUAUAAUAGAGAAGUGACGAUUGUAAAUACCGGUACCGUACUUCAAGUGGGCGACGGCAUCGCUCGGAUUUAUGGUCUUGAUGAAGUAAUGGCAGGUGAAUUAGUAGAAUUUGAGGAGGGUACUAUAGGUAUUGCCCUUAAUUUAGAAUCAAAUAAUGUUGGUGUUGUAUUAAUGGGUGACGGUUUGAUGAUCCAAGAAGGAAGUUCAGUCAAAGCUACGGGAAAAAUUGCUCAGAUACCCGUGAGUGAGGCUUAUUUGGGGCGUGUUAUAAACGCCUUGGCUAACCCUAUUGAUGGUCGAGGUAAGAUUUCAGCUUCUGAAUCUCGGUUAAUUGAAUCUCCUGCCCCAGGUAUUAUUUCGAGACGUUCUGUAUAUGAGCCUCUUCAAACAGGACUUAUUGCUAUUGAUUCCAUGAUCCCUAUAGGACGCGGCCAGCGGGAAUUAAUUAUUGGUGACAGACAGACCGGUAAAACAGCAGUAGCCACAGAUACAAUUCUCAAUCAACAAGGUCAAAAUGUAAUAUGUGUUUAUGUGGCUAUUGGUCAAAAAGCUUCUUCCGUGGCUCAGGUAGUGACUAGUUUACAGGAACGAGGGGCAAUGGACUACACUAUUGUGGUAGCUGAAACGGCUGAUUCCCCAGCUACGUUACAAUACCUCGCGCCUUAUACAGGAGCCAAGCUACUCAGAAUCAAUUGGCAAGAGGUCAACGAUUGCGUGAGUUACUGAAACAAUCCCAAUCAGCCCCUCUCACAGUGGAAGAACAGAUAAUGACCAUUUAUACCGGAACAAAUGGUUAUCUGGAUGGAUUAGAAAUUGGACAAGUAAGAAAAUUUCUCGUUCAGCUACGCACUUAUUUAAAAACAAAUAAACCUGAGUUCCAAGAAAUAAUAGCCUCUACCAAGACAUUAACCGCUGAAGCAGAAAGCUUUUUGAAAGAAGGUAUUAAAGAGCAACUGGAACGUUUUCUACUUCAGGAGAAAUUAUAAAAAAUAGAAAUAUAUUUAAGUUAAGUCUAUAUAUAAUAUAUAUAAGUAUAGAACUAAUAUCUGUAUAUGUUUAAUAUAAAAUCUUAAAGCAUUCAGAAUUUAUUUCUUAUUAUAUUUAUUUUUAUAAAUUUUCUAAACAGAAUAAAAAUAUCUUAUAAUAUAUAGAAAUGGAAAUAAUAGAUAAAUAUCAAUAUAUUUAUAUCUAUAUUGAUAUUGCGUCCAAUAGGAUUUGAACCUAUACCAAAGGUUUAGAAGACCUAUGUCCUAUCCAUUAGACAAUGGACGCUUUUCGCUUUUUUUAACUUCCCAUUUGUUAAAUGUGCGAAAUCUUUUUAGCAAUUGUGUAGUGAAUUCACUACACAAUUGCUAUUAGACAAUUCUAAUAGAGAAAAUUGUCUCUAAUAAAAAGGGGACAAUUUAGAAUUUAGAGCGGGUAGCGGGAAUCGAACCCGCAUCGUUAGCUUGGAAGGCUAAGGGUUUUAGUCGACGUCGAUCGAUCAGUUUUAUAUUUUAACGUCUCUAAUUCAAAACCGAACAUGAAACUUUGGUUUCAUUCGGCUCCUUUAUGAUGGAUGGCGAAAUUCCCAAAUAAAAUAAGAUGGGAACUAAAUCAAAAUUUGACUCAUAACAUCUAUGUUAGCUUUUUUCCCGUUUGGAGGCUUUCCCAGAAAAAUUUUGCUUUAUAGAUGAUCCUUCUAGAAGAUAGAAAAGGCGAACUCAAAAAAUCUUUCUAGUUACUUCGUUCUUUAUUUCUAUUUAACGGAAUCCUUAGGAAAAGUAUUUUGUUUCCACCGAGCUAAAACAAUAUAAUAUGUCGAUGUCUUUAGUAAACCAAAGUUCUCGUUUAAUAGCUAUUUUGCUUCAAUUUUUUCUAUACCAAACAAAAAAUAGAACUGAAGAUUUAGUUACGAUUAGAAAGAAACUUUUCUGGCUUUAUCCAUGGAUCCUCUUGUUAUACUUAUUGAAUUGUAAAUAGUCAUCCAAUUCAAAAAUUAUGUUUCGAAAUUUCAUAAUCCAAAUUGACAAUUAAUUAGAGUCUUUGGAUACAAAUUACGAGAAUCUAUAAUCUUCCUUGAAUUUUUCAUUGAAAGGUAAAGGACUAAAUCCUUUUCAGAAAUAAAGUUUUUGAUCGGAAGAUUAAUCAAACCGAGAGACCCUUUAACUAUUAAAGGGGUUAAAGGAACGAAUCACACUUUUACCACUAAACUAUACCCGCUACAAUCCAAUUAUUGUAUAUAAAUUUACUUUUUGUCGAACAAAGUAAUCGGGAGAAAAAAAAUCUGAAAAAAAAAUGAGAAAAUUCUAGCGUAGACUUAAUAAAAUUAGGCAAAGCAGGAUUCCUUUUUUUUAUUUCAGAUCUUUUUUGUCUAAAAACCCAUCGGAUGGGUCUUUUUAACUUUAACAAAAAAAGGCCCGGCUGGGGACUGACCAGGCCAGGCUAUUAAAAUAAAAAAGAUCUUUUAUUUGUGUUUGGACGAGACAAAAUCAAAAAGGAUUCUCUAUUUCUAUUUUUGUGAUUUUAUUUAUUUCUCUUUCGAGCCUUUUCUUUAUUGAAUCUUUAUUUACAGUUUUUAUGUAAAUAGAAUUACUGAGAAAGUUCUAUAAAAAAGGUUAUAUAAUAGUAAUAUAUAUAUAUAUAUUAAUUAUAUAUAAAUAUAAAUAUUAUAUAAAUAUUAUUUAUAUAAUAAAAAAGAAAAAAUAAUAUUAUAUUUUUAUAUAUAAUAAAAUAAUAUAUAUAAUAAAAUAUAGAAAAUGAAAAUAUAUAUAUAAUUAAAGUAUUAUUAAAGAUAAAGAAUAAUCUAAAAAAAAAAACUUUUUUAAGAAUAAAGUGGAGAAAGUUUUUUUUUAAGCCGUUUUUUUGUCUAAUGGAACCUAAAAAGUAUUCCUUUUCGAUUAGGAGAGAUGGCUGAGUGGACUAAAGCGUUGGAUUGCUAAUCCAUUGUACGAGUUAAUCGUACCGAGGGUUCGAAUCCCUCUCUUUCCCUUCCCUUUUUGAUGAUGUGAAAUAGAUAAAAUCCUAAUAAAAUUCGCACAUUUCCACUAUUUAAAUAUUAAAUAAAGUAAUAAAAAACCUUUCUUUUUAUUCUUCACGUCCCGGAUUACGUCCUGGAUCAUUAGAUAGGAAUCCAAAUAUGAAGAGAGAAACAAAGAAUAUAACUACAGUGUAUACAAAAAGUUUGAGAGUAAGCAUUACACAAUCUCCAAGAUCUUACUUUUUUUAAAAAAAAAAAAAGAGAAUAGAUUCUCUAUUUUAUACUAAAUAUCUAGAUACUUUUUUUGUGAGUGAACUCGAAUCUAAUUAAGUUCUUUCAUUUAGAGAAAAGAGGAUAAAACUGAGGAAAUCAAAUGAUCCAGAUUUAGUAUGGCUACCAAAAAAAUUCAAUGUUUGAAUUGAGAGUUCCUUCCUACGUCAAGAUUUUUUGAUCUUUUGAUUUGAAUUGUUGGAAGAAUCAAAAUCGUGAAUUUUUCUAAGACAGUAUUAAUAAUUUCAUCGAAAACUUACAGCUGCUUGCCAAACAAAGGCUAAGAGAAGAAAGAAAAGAGGUAUUACGGGCAUAACAUCUACGAUUGGAUUCAAAAAGGCGUAGGCCUCCGGCAAUUUGGCGACUAAAAAAGUGCUUGAAAAAAGGGCCGAAUUAAAACAAAUACAGAUCAAAUUAAAUAUAUUAAGCAUAACAAAAAUUGGUGUUCUUGUGGAUAAUUUAAUUUUGAUUGAGUUAUUAAUAUAUUUUUUAUAUAAGGAAAAAAAUAAAUAAAUAAAGAAAGAUAGUCUAAAAAGACUUUGUUGAACUUACUCAAUCAAAAAUCCUUUCAUUCUCUUAUGAGAAUGAAAGAAAUAAUAUUUUCAUACAAUAUCUUAAUUGAAUUCUAUGUAAUGAUCAAUAAAGUAAGUUUGAUUUGCUAUCUACACGUGUCAAAACUAUAGCACCAAUGUAAUCUAUAUUUCAUUUGGGCUGAAAUUGAAUUGACGAACAACCAAUAGCAAUAUUACUCUUUUAGUAGUCUUGAAUAAAAAUAAAAAUGGGGCGUAGCCAAGCGGUAAGGCAACGGGUUUUGGUCCCGCUAUUCGGAGGUUCGAAUCCUUCCGUCCCAGAGUCCAGUCAUUACGAAAUAAAUCUUCUAUUGCCUUUGUACACCAUCUUUUUCUUUCUGUUUAAAAAAACAAUAUUUUUUAAGAAUAAAAUAUUGAAAUGAAAAGAAGAAUAAACUUCUUUUUCACCCGAAAUUACAAAAAAUCUAUUUGCUUUUUUUAGUUGUGUGUGAUGUAGGUAAGUAAGGUAGAACCGUAGAUUCUACGAGUUUUAAUAAAAAAAAAUAUAUUUAUAUAUAUAUUUAUAUAUAUAAAUAUAGAUUUCUAUUCAAAUUUCGAUUUUACAUAUUUUUACAUAUAUAGAAUUUAAUGUGGAAUUCAUUUGAAUUCUGACUGAACCUUUUACGCGUAGAUUCACUAUUCCAUUCAUAGAGAAAGAAAAAGUAUAGAUUACGAUAUACUGACUGAACUAUGACUAUUCAUGAUUCCAUAAUUGAAUCAAUUACACAAACUAAAGGAAUGUUAUGGUAAAACUUCGUUUAAAACGAUGUGGUAGAAAGCAACGUGCGACUUGAAUUGAAGGACAUGAUCUGCUGUGGAUGUUUUGAUCCGCCACCUUUUAUAUUAGGAAUAUAGGUGCUCUUGGCUCGACAUUUUGUGUUCUAUUUUACGAGAGUCCUACACCUUUUUGAAUAUAAAAAAGAGUACAGGAUGGAGCUCGAGGAGAAUAGAAAGUUUUUAUUCCUUUCGCAGGAGUAAGGAUCUAGGGUUAGUGCGAAUCAAUAAGUUGGAACAACUUCGUAAGUCUUUUUAUUUUUAUAUUGAAAAAAAGCCCUUUCAAGUAAUUUUACAAUGGAAAAGGAAAUUUUCGUAAAAGUGUAAAAUUCUUUGAAUUAAAAGUCUAUCAUGCGUGAAUCAAGCGUUUGUAUGAUUCUUUGAUAGAAAGAAAA